ACCUCCGAUGUGAUAUCAGAACCUGCGUUGAUCACGCAUGCGCACAAUGAAAACGCGCAAAAUGCUGAUCGCUCGGUGAUUUACAGAAGCGGAGAGCGUCAAAAGCGAAGCCAAACACCGCCAGCUCAAACCCGACCAGAAGGCAGCGCAUGUAAGACCAGGGAAUCUGAAAGGUUCUUCAGUGUUAUGAGGUUCCCUAACAGAAAACUACACACGGCGGUGGAUGGAGAAGACGCGGGCGUUUUUGCACACUUCAGAAAUCCUUUCGUGCACGAGUUGAGAUUUACUCCUCUGCAGAAACUCAAGAUAGCAGUGAUGACUGUGACGCUGUUCCCUGUUCGUCUGCUCUUUGCUGCAUUCAUGAUGUUGCUGGCCUGGCCCUUUGCAUUCGUGGCUACUGUUGGCCGUUCUGAGGAUGCAGUUGAACCUCUAUCCUGGUGGAGGUGGCUGGUAGAUCUGGUCCUAAAGGCCAUCAUGAGAGCCAUGUGGUUUUCUGGAGGGUUUCACUGGGUCCGUGUGAAGGGCCGGCCUGCACUGCCUAGUGAAGCACCCAUCCUCACAAUGGCCCCUCACUCAUCUUACUUUGACGCCAUCCCUGUCACCGUGACGAUGGCCUCUAUAGUGAUGAAGGCUGAGAGUAAAGACAUUCCAGUCUGGGGCACUCUUAUCAAAUUCAUCCGGCCCGUGUUUGUGUCCCGCUCAGAUCAGGACUCUCGGAGGAAGACUGUCGAGGAGAUCAAACGCAGAGCUUGCUCUGAUGGCGAAUGGCCUCAGAUCAUGAUAUUCCCGGAGGGCACAUGCACCAAUAGAUCCUGUCUCAUCGCAUUUAAGCCCGGUGCGUUUAUCCCUGGAGUUCCCGUGCAGCCUGUGCUGUUGCGGUAUCCUAAUGAGAUGGAUACAAUCUCAUGGACGUGGCAAGGGCCUGGAGCGUUUAAGAUUCUAUGGCUCACAUUAUGUCAGCUACAUAACUCUGUAGAAAUAGAGUAUCUUCCUACAUACACCCCGUCAGAGGAGGAGAAGAAGGAUCCAGCCCUGUUCGCCAAAAAUGUGAGACGUAUCAUGGCCAAGGCACUUGGGUUGCGCAUUAUCGAUUACUCCUUUGAGGACUGCCAGCUUGCUAUGGCCAAAGGCCCUCUGCGAUUGCCCAAACACACCUGUUUGCUGGAGUUUGCCAGACUGGUACGACAUUUAGGGCUGAAGGCGGGUGUCACUGAUGAAGUCCUGCACGAGGAAGCCUCUAGGGCCCGUGAACUGUGUGGAAGCAGACUGGACGUGGAGGGAUUUUCUCAGUACCUCAACCAACCCAUGACAGAAGCAGUACAGGACAUCUUCUCACUUUUUGAGGAGCAUGGGAAGAUGGAUGUGAGAGAAUAUGUCAUCGCCCUGUGUGUGGUCUGUAGACCUUUCAGAUAUCUGGAGACCAUUAAACUGGCAUUCAGGAUGUUUGAAGCACAGGAGGAUGGAGCAGUUGUAGAAGAUGAGUUGGCCGUCAUUCUGAAAACUGCUCUGGGGAUUGGAGAUUUUGCUGUUUGCUACCUUUUCAGGGCCAUCGAUUGUCAAGACAAAGGAAAGAUCACAUUUGAUGAUUUUUGCCGGUUUCUGGAGGACUGUCCUGAUUUCGUGGAGCAGUACCACUGUCUCAGUGAGCCGAUCCCUCAACCCUCCAGAGAAUCCACAUCACCCUCAGAGUCUCAGCCUUCAACUAACGGCUUCUGUGCUGACUUCAGCCCUCGAGAUCCCAGCGCACACAGCAAGAAACAGAACUAAACGCAGCUUUUACUAUCACAGCCUGUCACCCUCAGUGUGUGAGGGUGUUUGUGUGUGCAUGUGUGUACUUCUGUGUGCAGGAGAGAUGAUGACAGACCAUAUCUUUAAGUUGAAUUGGGAUUUGCAUCUGGGUACAUUACCCCAGGGAUUCUUCCAGAGUUCUGUUCAAAAUCCUUCAGUUAUUUAUUUUUUUAUGCCCCUGAAGAACCUGUCUUACGAAUGGAAACAAAACUAAAUUUUUAUGAGAUUUUAAUGGAUUUCUAUAUAAAGUGCUGUUUGCUUUAUAACAUGAGCGUGGGGUUUGAAUAUACUC